GCCACCGAAGGCGACGGCGAGGACUGCGGGGCCAAAGAGGACGCCGAGCGAGGCCACCUCUGCCCUUGCCUCCCGCCCUGCCGCCGCCGCCGCCGCCGCCACCGAGGCGACUGGCUGUACGAGUCCUACUACUGCAUGAGCCAACAGCACCCGCUCCUCGUCUUCCUGCUGCUCAUCGUCAUCGGCGCCUGCCUGGCUUUACUCGCCGUCUUCUUCUUCGCCUCCGGGUUGGAGACUGAGGACCAUGUGGCAUUCUUGAUAACUGUUCCAACAGCUCUGGCAAUUUUCUUUGCCAUAUUUAUCCUUGCCUGCAUAGAACCGUUAUUCAAGAAGUUCCUUCGCGUUUUCUCUUUGGUUGUCUGGGUGUGUCUGGUUGCCAUGGGAUACCUCUUCAUGUGGUUUGGAGGAAUCAUCUGUCCGUGGGACCAG